AUGACACCUCCCGAGGACUCCGCCUACUACUUGCAUGACGGUAACUUCUACAGCGGUUACGCCUGCAGCAUCCAGCAGUACGACGAGACCAAGGAGGAGGACGAGCUGAUCGCGUUGGAGAUCCCAGUUAACAGCGAGCACGAAUUCAUGAACUACUUCGAGGACCCGAGCAACUUCUUGGCUUCGCAGGCUCGCAAGGGCCGGGUGGAGGUCUCAUGCAAGAAGGCAACGCCAGAAGAGAAGCAGAUGCUACUUGAAGCCCAGCAGAAGGAGGGCACCUCCGUUCUCAGCACCAUGGCCGCAAGGAGGACGAGGCACUGCAGUUUCAAGCCGAUGUACGGGUUCGUGCACGCACCUCGGAAGAGCUGGCUACAUGUCAAAGAGACGCUCAACGAGCUCAAGCUUGAGGCCAUCCAGUGCGAGCCCUGCGUCUGGGUCAUCAGGGACGACGACGGCAAGCUGAUCGGCAUGGUCAUUAUACACGUAGACGACAUGAUGAUCGCCGAAGACCACACUAACAAGUUCUUCCUGCAGGACCGGAAGGAGAUUCAACAAGCUUUCGAAUGGACGCCCUGGGAGAGCAAGGCCUUCGUUCAAUGUGGAGUCAGCAUCCGACAGAACGACGAUUUCACGUGCAGCCUCGCCCAAGACACCUACAGCAUGAACGUGGCGCCGAUUCCUGUCAAGCGCGGCAGGAAGCCUACAGAUGGAGUUUCCGAUCGAGAACGAUUUGGAGAAAGCGGGCGUCUGGGCACAUUAGGCUGGAGGGCGCAGCAGUCAGCUCCCUGGCUCAGCUCCGAAGUGUCACUAAUACAAGCCGAGAUUCCAACCGCGACGGUCUCCACGAUGCAGAAGAUCAACCAGAUCAUCCGCACCACGAACGACACCGCUGACGUCACCAUGGUCAUAACUGCAAUCGAGAAGCUGGCAGUUGUCGGCUGGGGCGACGCCGCAUGGGCAGCCCGGAUCACAGGAGAAUCCCAAGGAGGCGAGAUGAUCGUGCUGGCACCGCUAUCGUUUCUAGAUGGAUAUACCGAGACAGUGGCGCCGAUUUCCUGGAGAUCAUGCAAGUUGCCACGCGUUGCCAGAAACAGUGCGAGUGCCGAGGUGCAGAUGAUGACGGAGACGCUCGACGAGAUCAGCUACGUGCGACUUUUCAUCUACGAGCUAGAGUGCGGCUCCGUGGACUACACCAACAAGCAGGCCGUGAACGACGCCAUCUCAACCUGCCCUGGAGUCCUGGUCACAGACGGGAAGUCUGGGCACGACGCCAUCGAGAAGAGCGAGUGUGCUGGACUAGGUCUUCGAGACAAGAGGACCAGUAUCGAGUGCCUGGGCAUCUGGCAGCAAAGGCAGCAAACGGGGCUCCAAAUUCGCUGGGUUCACAGCGACGCGAUGCUGGCCGCCGGGCUUACGAAGGACCGCGCUGCCAAGGCCCUGCUGGAGUUCUUCAGAAGUGGGCAGCGCUGGCGGUUAGUGGACCAUCCUCUGCAUCGGUCAACACGCAAACGCAAGUCCGAGGGCAUCGACAAGCUAGACCACGGCACACCGCUGGAUCCCGACAUUGCCCUGAAAGCCCUGGUGUACUUCUCACGCGACGACGAGUCCCAGCAGGCUGGACCUGCCGGACAUGAGGCCCUCUGGGGCCGG